AGACGGCGGCGGGCGGCGGCCGCCGCGUCUGAGCCGCAGCUCGGCGGCGUCUGAGGGAGAGGAGGAUCUGAGGGAGACCCCCGCGCCCUCGCUCACUGCUAUGGACAGUGCUAUUACACUGUGGCAGUUCCUCCUUCAGCUCCUUCAGGAGCCUCAGAACAAACAUAUGAUCUGCUGGACCUCUAAUGAUGGGGAGUUCAAACUUUUGCAGGCAGAGGAGGUGGCUCGACUCUGGGGAAUCCGCAAGAACAAACCUAGCAUGAAUUAUGACAAGCUGAGCAGAGCACUUAGAUACUACUACGUAAAGAAUAUCAUCAAAAAAGUGAAUGGUCAGAAGUUUGUGUACAAGUUUGUCUCUUACCCAGAGAUUUUGAACAUGGAUCCAGUGGCUGUGGGGAGGAUUGAGGGAGACUGUGAAACUUCAGGCUUCAAUGAAGUCAUCACCAAUUCAAAAGAUUUGGAGAAUGGAGGGAAAGAGAAGCCACCUCAGCCAUGUGCCAAGGCCUCUAGCCGCAAUGACUAUAUACACUCUGGCCUCUACUCUUCAUUUACUCUCAACUCUUUGAACUCCUCCAAUGUAAAGCUUUUCAAGUCUAUAAAAAUUGAGAAUCCAGCUGAGAAACUGGCAGAAAAAAAAUCUCCCCAGGAACCAACACCUUCAGUCAUCAAAUUUGUGACAACACCCUCCAAAAAGUCAUCAAUUGCUCCUAUUCCUCCUACCAUUUCAGCUGGCCCAACUAUUUCUACAGCUUCAGAAGAAACCCUCCAAGCCUUGGAGACUUUAGUUCCUCAAAAAAUGUCUUCUCCAGAAACGCCACCUUCCAUACCCUAUAUUAUGACCACUUUUACCACUACACCUCCUGUUUCUUCCAUAUCUCCCUCUUUGCAGGAUCCUUCCAGAUCACCUUCACCACCCUUGAGUCCUAAUGCAGACCUAGAUAUUGACACAGACAUUGACUCAGUGACUUCUCAGUCUGUGGGCCUCUCUCAGAACUUUUCAUUGGAGCCCAAAGACCAGGAGUUAGCACUGCUAGAGAAAGAGAGCACAAAUCAUUCAUCAAGGUCCAAGAAACCCAAAGGGCUAGAGCUGGCACCUACUCUGGUGAUCACAGGCAGUGAUCCAAGCCCACUGGGAAUAUUGAGUCCCUCUCUCCCUACGGCUUCUCUCACCCCUGCACUUUUUUCACAGACUCCUAUCUUAUUGACGCCAAGUCCUUUGCUCUCCAGUAUCCACUUUUGGAGCACUCUCAGUCCUGUUGCUCCUUUAAGUCCAGCCAGACUGCAAGGUGCUAACACCCUUUUCCAGUUUCCUUCUGUCCUGAACAGUCAUGGGUCAUUUACUCUGUCUAGCCUGGAUGGACCAUCCACACCUGGCCCCUUUUCUCCAGAUCUGCAAAAAACAUAGCACAUGCACUUGUGAAAAGAGAACUAAGAAGCAAAGAAGAAAAAAACAUUCAGCAUGAUCAUACUUAAAACGAGCAGUUUGUAAUUACACAAUGCUGAUAAUGGAUUGUUGUGAUUUUUGCCGUUCCCAUUUAAAAUGCCUUUUCAGAGUUUUCUUUGAUAGGACUCAAGUUGGGACUAUGUAUGGAAACGCCUUAAUUGGAGUCUAGACUCCACCUGUCCCUUUUGCCUCUCCUUUUCUUUAUCCUCCCUCUUCAUUUUGGGUAAAAGGAGUUUUUUGCAAAAUACAGAGAUGGAAUAGUGUUUUGAUAUGAGCAAAUGAGAACAAAAAUAAUAUUUUGGCUACUGGGACCUGUUGUCAGGAAAGAGAUUCAUACUUGGAAUAAGUUAUUUCAAGAAACCAUCAGAUGGAUGAAACUGGCCACACCUUGAGAUUCUUGGUGUUCUUUCUCACACUGUGAAGAAUACACUGUCAGUUAUAACUGAUAAAUGGCCAUGGACAAAGAAGUAUUCCUCUUUCAUACAGAGUGAGGUGUUAAUAGCACUGUUGAGGAGACAAACAGUUUUGCAGUGAAUUGUAGUAUAUGCAAGCAACCCAGAAAGAGGCAUCUAGUUUGCAUUUCUUCAGGGUGAAUCUCUCAGUUACCAUGAGCCAUGUGCGAUAUUGUCUGAACCUGUCAACAGAGCAUGGGGUCCCAUUUUUCUCCUUUACACUGAGGGAGACUCUUUAAACCUGAAGUGAUGGGCACUGAUUUAUAAGACAGUGCUUGGAAGACUCUUUGAGAAGAUGGGACUCUGCAUCCAGCAUAGAAACAUUGUCUAUACCGCACUCUGGGUGGUAUAGUUGUACACCCACUGAAUACAGUACUGUGGAUGAGGAAUAGGCUGUUGUGAGGAUGAUGCUGCAUUAUUGAAAACUUAGGACAUGUUUAGUUAAGACGCCUAAUGAGCAAGCUGAAAGAACAUUUGUGGCUUUUUCAGUCAAAAAGAUACCCAAAGUACAGGACCCGUUUCUGUUCAUAGUUACUCAGGUUCUGCUAUGCAUUGUUUUCUUAUUUCCUUUUAAAAUUUGAAGUUGUGAUAGUUUUGAAGAUGUGAGAGAAAGGUGAAAAGUGAAGUCCUCAAAAUCAGCAUUGAGGUAAAGAAGCACUUAUUUUGUAGGAAUAUUUUUAUCUUAAUGGGUGGGGCAUUUACUUGAGAAUACCCAUGCUUUGGUUUGGGGUUGUUCAGGUAAUGAGAAAUGCAGGCUUUCAUCUCAGAGUCACUGAACUUGCUUUAAUUCGCCAAACAUCAGCCAUGUGGUAGAAAUCAUUCCCUGUCCAUGUGAGGUGAAUGUAGCUUUUCCUAAUUCAAGAAACUGGACUGAGGCCAGCAUCAUAGUUGGGUACUGCGUUGAUAUUUUUGGCCUGGAAGUCUAGAUUCAGAUAAUCUCCCCAGGUUGAAUUUCCCUUUGUGCUAGAGAUAGCAUAAGAUUGUAUCACACUGACUAAAUAGGAUGAGGGAGAACUCAUAUGCUUACUGCUUGUGCUGGGGAUAAAGAAACGAAGGAUUCCAGAUGACAAUACAUCAACUCAGCACCUUCCAGCUGCACAAAAUUCACUUUAAAUUUGUUUUUAUACUGUAUAGAGAUUCUUAUGUAUGAGACUUUAAUUAGAAGAAAGUAGCUGGCUACAUAAUUUUGGUAUAGAUUGUAUUCAUAAUAACUUGUGUAAUCAGAGGUCUCAAGAUUUUAUAACAUUACUUGCUCACCCACUUUUGGUGUGGAAUGGUGUCUUUCUGUCCUAAAAUAGUCUCUUUCUCAGCCUAGUAGAUCAAUUUUAAUACAUAGCUUGAUUGACUGAGAGUGGAGGAAAAGGAUAUAUUCAGGGAACUGCCUUCAUAUAUUUUGAAAUUUCGGAGGUAUGUUGCUGGCUCAUUUGUGGAGCAUUAGCAUAAGAAACCCAUCCAUUCCUGAGAUGUGCAAUAGCAGUGCUGAAAGGUAGCGGUAGGUAGUGACCAGGAACUGUCAUUUGGAUUAUUUAGUUUGUACAUCUCUUUGAAAAUUAAACCUCCAAUAGCACUUUCUGAGCUAGUGUCAUUAGUAUGCUUACUAUUUUGUACUUUGUAAUAAGUAGAUGCUAGGGGUUCAAGUUACCUGGGAGUUUUAAAAUUGUUAAGCACUAAGGAAAAAUUUAUUUUCAUGAGGAAUAAAGCCAUUGGAUUGUUUUCCAAGAUCACAUCUUUGGUCUCUGUGCAUUUCCUGUCUUUAAGGAUAGGGAUGUCAGGGAACUAGAUGGCACUGUUAAAGGCAGCUUAAUGGAAACCAGUUUUAUCUGGUUUCCCUUAAAUAUAUCUGUCCCUGCAACCUUAGAGAGGUAUGUAGCCAUAACUGGUUGAUUGUGAUUUGCUUUCUUUUCAUGAGAUCAUCCUUAUUUGAGGGAAGGUGGUGAGUCUUUUAUCAUUGAGAAGCUUUCUGUUCUUUUUAAAAAUGAAACAUUGCCAACUGUAACGCAUCUGAACAAGGCUGGCAUGAUCAUCUUUUUCCUAACCUACCUCCUUUAGGCAAAAACUCAGUAUCAGAAUCUUUGGAAAAUUUUAGAGAUAUUUAUCAGAAAGGUAGCAUCCCAUUUAGGAACAAUAGUCAUUGAGAAGGCUGAUACAGAUGUGUAAUAGUUACAUCUGAUUAUCCAUCAUGUUACUGGGAUGAAUGCUAUUAGGCAACAAUAGCCUAAGUGAAAGAAGGGAAGCUAGUUGAAUUGGGUAGUAGGAGCUCUGCUGUAUGACUGACUUUCUUCUCUUUUCUUUGCCAUCUGACCCAUAUUACCUUGCAACAACUUUCACAAUCAUUUCUCAAAGUAUUAUUCCUCAUUAAAGAUAUUAUGCUGCCUUAUAUUCAAAAUCAAAUCAUAAUCUGUUGCUAAUAAUCUUUAUUCUUUAAAGUGGUGUGUUGCAGUGAUUUGGGAUUGGUACAUAUAUGUUAUAAUAAGAUAAAAACUUCCACUAAUUCAUUUUGCAUCAUCUUGGAAUUGCAAAGGACAAGGUCACGGUCAUUUUGCUUGUUCUCCAUCAUUCUAGUAAAACUGUAUCCAAACCAUGUAAAAUAUAUGUUCAACACAUUUUUAAAGCUCUUCAGGGAAAGAGAUUUGACAAGUUUGUUACGUAUUUUUAGCAGUCUGUAUACUGUAAAGCAUUCCUUUGGCACCAUCUAAGGCUAGGACCCUAGUCUCCUGAUGCCACGUCCAGAGUUCUUUGCUUCCUAGGAUAAUCUGGUUCUGAGGGAGGGAGAUACUGUAAUAUUUGCUUUUUCUAGUUCCAUGGAGAGAGCUUUGAAUCUCUAGGACUGUUGGUUUAGCACUUUCACAGGUGAUACCUAGUCAAACCCAGGAAGUUUUCCUUAUGUUCUGGAAGAAAAAGUUAAGUUCAGAAAUACAUGUAGGAAAUAUUAGGGAAUUGACUUAAGCUUAACUGGAAAAGCCCUUUAAGGGCCUAGACCUAUAUAUGCUAUUGUUUCAGACAGCGAGAAUUGAGAGCUCACUGGAGACUCUACUUACUAGUUAUUUCCAGAUUACCAGUAAGACUUACAAAGAAAAACAGAACCUAGAAUUCCAGAACUUUAACUCUCGGGAAUAGCGUCACUUCAUUUAUGUGUACACCCCGUAUUGAAUGAUGAUGUGUUGUCCAACAACAUUGCUUCUUGCUAAUACUGAAGUACUGGUUUCCUGAUGCUGUGUUCUGAUGAUAAGCUGUUUGUGCAGUCAGUUUAAUCACACUCAUAGACAUUCAUGCAGUAUUGUUUUAAUGUAUUACUUCCAAGUUCAGCCUUGAAAAAAAUCAUGUAUUUUUUUAUGAUACAGAUUAUUCUUGUAUUAGGUUUUUCCUUUUAUGCAAACGUCUCCAUAACAGAUUUAGAAUUUUGUACAUGAGUGUGCCAUUAACUUCUAUGAAACUCAGCAUUCUCUUUAAAAAGUUGCCAAAUAAAAAAGGCCAAAUGAAUUGGGUAAAAUAUAAGUUGGCAAUUGAGAGUUUGUGUUCCCAAUAGUUCCCCCUCCAUGUGACUAUAAUUUUCAUUUUACUGCCAUAAAUUGUUUUUAGCCUUUAUGUAAUCAUUUUACUACAAAUUUCAGGAUUAUGUAAAAUUAUUUUACUGUAUACUUAUGUGGCCUAUUUUCAUCCUUCAUUGGAAGGUUUUGUUUGGACAUAAGGGAACAUUUUUAGGUUCUAAAGGGAUGUUUUUAGGGAUGGAUUUAUGCUAUUUAUCACUCAGUUCCAAUCUGAUUUGUUUCCAUUUUUCCUUUUGCCCUUUGUUGUGAUAAAUUAGGUUUUGAAAUACAGAAUUCUGCUUUCUGAAGUGCCAUUUUUAUGAUGUAUCUAGAACUUUAUGUAUAAAACAAAUUGAUGGGAGUGGCAGGGUCUUCAUCCCUAUUAGAUGAAAUCUAAAGCCCAAGAUGAAUUUUAAGACCUGUAGAAAAGCAGGAAGGAUGCUGGUAGAGAGUCUUCUGGCUAGGAGUAUAACAAUGUCAUUUCUCGAAGAGACUUGCAUAGGGUAGUGUGAUGGAGUUAAUUUUCCCAUCCAUAAUAGCUUUAAAUGAAGUAGAGAUUAACUUUCAUUUUUCUCCAGUCAGAGAACUGGUUGGACAAUAGGCUCUUUAAAAAAAGCAUCUUGUUACAUAUGCUUGCUUGGUUUUGUGUCCAAGAUAGGUUGUGUGGGUGGUUGUUUUUCAAAUGUUGCUUGUACUUCCUAAAACAAAGUACCCUACUCUGCCUCUUAGGUUAUCAGAAGAACCACCACUGAAGCUUUUGCACCUUGAAAUCUAGAAUUCUUGCGGGUGGGCCUAGUAACUAGCAAGGAAAAGGGACGGUUUUGACUUGAUUUUAGAUACUGGGUAUAGCCUCUUGGUAAGAAAAUCUUGUUUUGAUUUGCAAACUGAGCACAUCUGAGGUGCCAAUGUAGAAUAAAUAUUCCCCUGAGAGCCACCAUUUUUUUCCCAGAGCCACCUUUCUGAAAAAAUAUUUUAAUGAAUAGAUCAACAAUCUGCCAGAAAAUUGUUAUAGCUGGGGUGUUGACAUUUAUACCUACCAUUUUGAAAGUAAUUUGUGAGAGAGGGAAUAUUGGUUUUAACUUAGGUAUCUUACAAAGAAUAGAAAAUUCAAAUUUCUGUUAAAAUGUUUAGUGAAACCUUUAAUUAGAAUAUUCAUGGGAAAGUGAUUAAACAUUAAAUAACAGUAACUCUGGUCUCUUAGGUAUAAUAUACAUCUGACAGUUUUGUCAGUUUUAAAAUUUUAUUUUUUAAUAUUUAAUCGAGAGACUGGAACAUUUCCUUCCAAGUCAUUCUGGCAUAUUGGCUAAAUGUGUGUGUGUGUAUGUGUAUAUAUAUAUAUGUAUAAAAAAAUCUAUUUUUCAGAGGGAUAUAUAUGUAUUAUUCAUCCUUUAGACUAGGAUAGUUCCUAGGCUAUAUAUUUUAUACUAGAACUAAAAUUUUGCUGCACUUUGCAGUUUCACAUCACUUUUUAAAGUUUAAUGCCUUGCACAUUUCAAUUUCUUAUUUUAAAAAAUAUCAGUAAAUACAAAGUCAUAAGCCUUAAUGUGGACUAUUGCUUGCCAACUUAAAAAAGCCCAGUGCUAUUAUGACAUGUAAUUUUGAAAAAUUAUCUUAUAUUCUGGUCUGUUUUAUUGGUAUAAGAUUGGGCAAACAGGAUUUUUAAACAAUAGUCUUCAUUUACUUUUGCUUCUCUGUUGAGACUCUGUUCAUCAGGUUGCUUGCAGCAUAAUUAUAGGGGUUUAUACUGAAAUUACUAUUCUUAAAAUAGAGAAAUGUGACCAUGGAUUGAAUGACUAGAAGUUGGCCUUUGUUGCCUGAUUUAACCCUUUGAACAGUGCAUUGUCAGUGGAAGGAGAAAUGCCAGAGUAGAGAGAAUACCUUGGGAUGAGUGCUGUUCUCAGCCUUCCUUACCUUGAUCAGUCAGGUAAUGGGGCUCUAGGAGGGUUCUGUUAGGGCAGAUUUAGGACCUUUUGGAUUGAGGAUGACCUAAAGCUGGCCCAGAGCUUUGGCAAACUAAAUAACCUGAUAUGAUUGGACUACAGUGGUAGGAUGCUAUUUGCUUGCUGAUGCGAAUCUAUUUGUCAUGUUGUCGUGCACCAUUAUUAGCACUAUUUUCAUAACUGGAAGCACUUAAUUUUUUGUUUGUUUUAAUUUUUAAUUUUUCAACUGAAGGCUUUAGAGGAUCAGGGAGUGGAGGUUAUUACUAUUUUAUAAUUUCUGGAAUUUAUACUGUUUGGGAGGGGGGCAAAUGGAUUCACAAAAUUGAUUAUUCUACUAGGCUUUUUGAGGUGUAUUUUGGCUAGAAUGUUUUUAAAUAUACAAGCUUUUAAAAUUGUGCUAUAUAGAAUGUGAUUUUUAUGUUUUGCUAUUAAUGGAUUACACAAAAUUUUGUAAUGUGUCAGAUUUCAGGUUUCUUCUCUGUGUAACCAUUGUUACUUAUUGUUCAUUGUGGUGUGGAGGGAAAUUAUGUCCCUUCUAAAAACAUUUCAUAUAUUUUUGUUUAUUGGUGCAGUGUUACCAGAUGGCCUUAUGUACAUUACAUUCAUUGCUUUUGUGAUACAGUAGCAUAUUUUAUGUACCCCCCCGUACAGUAUUAGUGAAUCUAUCUGUGAGGUGCAUUUCUAAGAGAUAGCAAAUAAAUCGAUAUAGUUACUUCUUGAUUAUUCAAAAGCAAUUUAUUCAGUUUAUUAUUAGUAUAAAUCCUACAUCCAGCCUACAACUGUUUCUUUUCCUUCUGCCUUUAGACAAUUUCACUUAUUGUGGCUAGGGGAAAUUAAACAGAUAAACUCAUAAGUUAAUUUUGAUACCUGUUGGCUUAAGAAUUUGGUAUGAGGAGAUUGAUACUAUUCACUAAAAUGAGGCUUUAAAAUUUCUUAUUUCUGUAUUUUAGCUUUUCAGCUCUUGUCUCUUAUUCUGACAGAUAAUCAGGAGUUGGCUCAGAAAAUAAGGCUGUCUAGAGAUUUACUUUGUGAAGAACAAACUAGUAAAUUCUCCAUGGUCCUUGUUUUGUUGGGUCAGCUAAAGAGCACUUUUGUGUCUAUGAACAGUAUAUGUAUACAAGAGACAGCUGGGAGUGAGUAGUUAAUGGGGAAUAAUUUUAAUAUUAGUUCUUUAGAAAUUCCAUUGGUUGAGCUAUUCUAGUGUUGGUAAUAUGUGUGAUUAUAUCUUUGAUGUAACUAAGAGCUUAACAUUAACUGAGGCUAAACAGAUUUGCACUCUUGGAUUUCAUUCACCCAGUCCAUGGAGUGGAUUUUUUAAAAAGCAUAUCUACCUGUGAGAGUUUUACUCUGUAAACACUGACAGGUUUUACAUCAGAGAAAAUGCAUAAUUUCAGAAAUAGGUCUUAGUUUGGGACAUGUGGUAAUGAAAAAUUGUUAGAGUGCUUUCUUUAUACUUAAAUCAACUUAACUGGGAACAGUUGCUUCUUUGUAAUUUUUUUCCUUGUUCAUUUUAUUGAAAUUGUAUCUAAUAUCUAGUAUCUACUUCCAUUGUAAAGAAGUAAUGCUUGUGUUGCUAGUGUAUAAUGCAAGUACGUAUGUAGUAAAAACAAAACAAAACAGAAAGCUAGAUAACUAUUGAAAUGUUGAUUAAUCCCUGGUCUUUAUUAAUCCCAGUACAAUUUACAUUAGACAGACCUUCAGAGUGUUACAACAUGAAAAAGGUUGGAAAGUGCAAAAAAUAUUAGUGCUGAUGGUGCCACUAGAGAGAAACUGCCAUGUCUUCUAGCUGAGCAAUACUAAUGCACUGUGGGGAAGUAAUAAAGGGAUGAUCUUCAAGGUUGAUCAGGAGUAUUGGGCAGCUAGAAUCCAGAAUUUUUAUGUUUAAACAUAGCAAAGAGACCUUAUCACAAGGAUUAGAUCAGUGAGGAAAAGGUUUAUGUUUGCACUUUGAGGGCUUUAAAGCAUGCUGCUUUUAAAAGAAAAAAAUAUUGUUGAUAACCAGAGCAUCUCUGACUCUUAUGAGAGGGCUGCCCUGAAUAAUCAGGUGAUUUUAAAAAAAAAUUGAGUAAGUUUUUGUGCUCGCAUGCGUGCGCGUGCAGACACACACACACACACACACACACACAUUGCUGUAGUGGCAAUGUGUACCUUUUUUAAAAAAAAUUAAAGUUUUAGAAAACUAUUUUAUGUAAGAACUGACGGAGGGAUUUGCUUUGUAUAAUGCGAACUGGCUUUAAAAAGCAUUGUAGCGAAUUUAUUCAAGUCAGAAAUCAUGCAUAUAUGUUAAUAGUUAUAUGUGCAACCAGACAUGCAAAACAAUUGUAUUUUUUUAAUAAAUAUUUUUAACAAAAUC